AUGUCACGGCACCUUAACUGUCCUACUUUGCUAUAUGAGACAUAUUCUUCCAGCUCUCCUUUUGAUAGACACGAGAUUUUGAAGAGGCACCUACCGUUCCCUGAACCUGUGGAUUCGAAUAUACUUCAGAACGUUGCUGCUCGGCUCGAGGAGGCGAUAUUCAAUGCAGCUCAUAAUCAGUCAGAGUAUUUGAGGAAAAUUUCUAUGAAAAUGCUCUCAGUGGUGAGUGAAACACAGCAUUCUGCAUCAAUCAACACGUCAGUGUCCAACAACAACAACCAAAAUCCUACAGAUCCAGGAACUCUUUUCACUGGAUCUGAUGACUCUGAUGAAACCAGUGGUUGGAGUCUGGCUGAGGGUGAACUUUCCACUGCUGCUAGUGGGAGCUCUGCCGACUGGAGGACCCAACUUCAGCCCAAGGCACGCCAUAUGAUUGUAAAUCAGAUGUAA